AUACCAGUUAGUGAGUGAGCUGAACGGAUCAGAGACAGCAAAUUCCUCUGUAGGAGCGGGGGACUUAGCCGUGCGGCAAGUUGAUUCGUGACCCGAAGAAAGGUGUUUAAAAUCCGUAUCAGUCAGGACUAAUGAAAGUGUGUUUUAGUCGUUAGUGGUACAGUGGAGUGGGGCGGGAGACACGGUGGAAAUGGACCGCGAACACCAAUUAGCGCGCUUACCUGUACCGUCUUCAAGGAGUUUGAUACUCUGAUUGGAGUCUGAUUUUAGUGGUUUUGUUCAUGGCGGGCUGCUGGAAGUGGUGCCACAGCACCUGUGUGUGCUGCCUGUCCGAGGAGGAGAAGAAGACCAUAGCUGUGGACAAAGAGAUUGAGAGGAUCCUCAAGCAGCAGAAGAAGAAGGAGAGAAAAGAGAUAAAAAUCCUUCUGCUAGGAACUGGGGAGAGUGGGAAAACUACCUUCAUCCGACAGAUGAGGAUCAUCCACGGGCGAGGCUUCUCAGAUGAAGAGAGGAAAGCUUUCUCCAAAUGCAUCUUCCAGAACAUCUUCACUGCCAUCAAAGCUAUGACAGGAGCCAUGUCCACACUCAGAAUCCCCUAUGCCAACCCUGAAAACGAGACGUACGCCAAGUGGCUGCAGGAUGUAAACACAGUGCAGGUCACUCAGCUGGAGCGGGGAUAUGUUGACGCAAUCCGCCGCCUCUGGGCAGACUCGGGAAUACGGAUCUGUUACAGCCGCCGCUGCGAGUACCAGCUCCUGGACUCCACUGAGUACUAUAUGACUAACCUGGACCGCAUCUCAUCCCUGGACUACAUCCCCACCGAACAGGACGUGCUGCGUGUUCGAUUCCCUACCACGGGCAUCCACGACUAUUCCUUCAACAUCAAGACCAUCACACUAAGGAUUGUGGAUGUUGGUGGUCAGAAAUCAGAACGUCGGAAGUGGAUCCACUGCUUUGAAAACGUCACUUCCCUCAUCUUCCUGGCCUCUCUCAGCGAGUUUGACCAGGUUCUGGAGGAGAGAGAGACCAUAAACCGCAUGGCGGAGAGUCUGGCUCUGUUCUACACCACCAUCCACUCCCCGUGGUUCCUCAAUACUUCCAUCAUCCUCUUUCUCAACAAGACUGACAUCUUGGCUGACAAGAUCCAAACUUCAGACCUGAACAAAUACUUCCCCAGUUAUAGAGGUAAGAGGCAAGACCCUGAGGACGCCAAGAACUACAUCCUUAAGCUGUACGAGCAACAGGCCAUCAACCGCGACAAGAGGGACAAGUGGAAGACCCUGUACCCGCACUUCACCUGCGCCACAGACACCAACAACAUCCGCAGAGUCUUCAGUGAUGUCAAGGACACGGUACUGCUCAAGUCCCUCCAGGACUACGGAGUCAUCUGAACUUUAACUGAGCAAUGAAAACCAUCAGGAAAGGGAUGACUCUUAUCUUUAUCUGGACCAUUUCCUUGUGUCAGUGAAAGCUCUGAAGGCCAAGAUGUGCCUUCUUUUUCCACUUAAAGAAAAAUCUGGACAGGCACACCAUCAGCCCUUCUUCCUCUUUCUCUUUCUCUGCUGCUUUAUAAGAUGUUAAUAAAGAAGCAGGUGAAGAUAGAAGGUGAUUUUCUCACCUCCAUCACUGUCACUUCUCUACGUUCCUUCUACUCUAUAGUAGAAAAACAAAGUGUGGGGGGCAGGUAACUGUAAUCACUGUCAUAUUUCUCAGCUGGCAACUUUUCCUGCAGUUUGAUUUCUUAUUUUAAGGUGAAGAAGCGUUCGAGGUCACACAGUGUGUGAAUUGAUCCAUAACUGAAGCAGGAACAGAGAUGCUGUGAAGUGCUGUGCAGCCACUAACAGUGUAAUGACUUUUAGCAGUGAAUAAGGGGCCAUGCAUGAGUGCACCACUACUGUUGUAAACACCGAUAGCUUUAGAUGUUUCCACCAGUUACACUCAAGGAUAGUACAAGCUAACACACACACUUAAAACACAAACUGUAAACACAGGAAACUUUCAAAAGAAGCAUCUACUGCAGUCUUUGUCAUCCUCAAGCCUGAGUUUUUAAAAUCAGCUCGUCUAAAUGUACCAAAAUCCAUCCACUGUGAGAGAAAAAUCCCAACUCAUUUAUAAACCAAUUUUUCAGGAGUGGAUCGCUCUGGAUUUUGUUGGUUAAUGUUGAUCACCGUACAUGUUACAAGCUUGUUGUUCACUGUGCAGUCAGCUUUUGCCGGUGCUUUCUGCUGGAGAAAAACACUAUAUGGAUGAAUUUACUAAGGAGGCAGACCUGGUUGAUUGAUCCCGGGCAUUCAUUUGUUGGGGAUAUUGAAUAUUAGUCACUCAGUGGUUAUUUUUAUCCUGUAUUGACAGACAACUGUUUGUCUUAAUGUGGUGCUGAGAGUUGUUUCUGCUGCCCCCCAUUUGUCAAAAAUAGCAGCUAAAGCUGUUUUUUUGUGCUUUUAAGGGAACAUGUGAUGCUUUUUUUGCUCUUUUUUCAGUCAUACGAUUGAACUGCUUCUUUCAGUUUAAUCUAAAUAUCUUCCAGCAUGUUUUGACUCAGACGUAGAGACAUCUCCAGGAUGGAACAAAAAGAAGAUGCUAAACCAGACUAUUACUCAUCAAAAUUGGCCAGUAAUAAUAGAAGGAGCUCAUUGGAAGGAGACAUUAGCUAAACCAGUCUGCUUAAGGUAAUCUAAUCUGAGGACCUAUAUGAACCAACAUUAUAUGAUAGAAAUCUUUUAACUGUAAAAUAAAGUGCCAGACGACUCUCAGAAUGAAAAACAUGCGUAUGACAUAUCCUCUAAAUAUUUUUGUCAGUGUUGCAAAUGUUCAAGGAUUUAUUGUUAAUAGUUUUCAACAUUAAGUUCACAUACAGCCAAGAGGUGUGUGUUCUUUCUGUCAGGAAGCAGCACCCCAAUACACAAUCAAUACUGUUUGUUAGAAUCAGUGUCCUAAAUCUGAUCACAGUUUUAGAUGGUCAGAAAGCAGAAUGACUGCGACUCCUAACAAAAGAAAGUUGAUCAUCUGUUAAAUAAAGAAUAAUUUGUGAGUGAGAAAUCAGUCUAAUUAAGUAAAAUUGUGAGUUCUCCACCCUGUUUAUAUCAUUCAGUGCUUUGCAGAGUGAAAAUGACAUUGAAAUUUAUCUAAUUAAGUGAUCUAUAAAUGAAGUUAAUAUGCUUGUCACUCCCAAAGCACCAUGUGGGUUUUUAUUUAAUGCAGACAAACUAGUUAAAAAACUGAUUAAAGCUUUUUCCAGAGCUUAAGCUUAUUGAUCACGUCUCUAACUUCCAGAGAACAAACAUGGUAUUAAACCAUCAAGCUGGCUGCACUUUGCUGCUAAAAUCAGUCUGGUUUACUACUUUUCACUGCACCACACAGGGGGUGGAGGGUCAGAGAAGUAGCUUGCAGUUGCCUUAACUACAGAUUAAAAGAAAAGAAAUAAAUCAAACUCAUCUCUUAAUGUGUGUUAAUUGUCAGUUUCAGAGCCUCCAUGUGAUAUACUUGUAUUUUUGUUGAGAAAAAGUGACUUUCCCAGUAAAAAUUUUGCUUCUGCACCGUGUUCCCACUGAAGCUGAGCUGAACUGAAGCUCCAUUAAAACUCGUGUCCACUGCCCAGUCAUCGUUUGACCAGGUCUGAUGCAUUUAAAUUGUUUCCCAUUGAACUCAAUAACCAAAUGUUAGUGGAUGUUGGUAAAUAUUUUGACCAGUGUAAAAAGGGCUAAAGUUGAGCUCAAAGUGCUGGUUUCUGCUGCUGUUUUGUUAAUAGUCUGUAAAGAGCUUUGAUCUCCACACAGCAUCAGAUAUUUUGAUCAUUAGAGAAACCUUCAAACACAACUGUGUAAGCUUUCUGUACAUGUACGUAUGACUACUACCAUUAAUUUCCUAACUACUGUAUUUUUUUUAUAAUGUUAACCAACAGCACAUAAACUGUGACCAAAGGAAUUUCCCAGGACUGGGAAUCCUCUUGUUUGGUGACAAUCAUAUUUUGUGGACUUUGGUGAAGGAAGAAUGCAAAGGUUUUUUUCUAGUUAAUAUUAAAAAGAACUUGUAAACACA